GGUCAGACAGCACUACACAGGGUGGCUCAACAAGGGAACAUGCAGGCCUGUAGACUCCUACUCUCAUAUGGUCUAGAUUCAUCCAUAGUAUCACUACAGGGAUACACAGCUGCCCAGCUUGCCCCUGACAAUAUUGCAAAAAUGCUUAGAGAUGACCCACCCACUAGUAGCUCUGAUGUGGAUAUCCAACUUCUUGAAGCAGCAAAGGCAGGUGAUAUGGACAUUGUGAAGAAGUUGGUCUCAUCUCACCCUCUGGCUGUGAAUUGUCGAGAUUUAGACGGUCGUCAUUCUACGCCUUUACACUUUGCUGGUGGUUAUAAUCGCGUCGCUGUAGUCGAACACCUACUACAACAUGGUGCAGAUGUACAUGCUAAAGACAAAGGGGGUCUAGUUCCACUACACAAUGCUUGCUCUUAUGGCCAUUAUGAGGUGACCGAGCUACUAAUUGAACAUGGGGCAGGAGUGAAUGUAGCUGACCUCUGGAAGUUCACACCUCUACAUGAGGCAGCUGCUAAAGGAAAAUUUGAAAUCUGUAAACUCUUACUUAAACAUGGUGCAGAUCCUAACAAGAAGAAUCGUGAUGGCAACACACCACUAGAUCUAGUCAAAGAAGGAGACAAUGAUGUAGCUGACCUAUUAAGGGGAGAUGCAGCUCUUUUAGAGGCAGCUAAGAAAGGCAAUCUUGCCAGAGUACAAAAAUUAUCAACCCAAGAGAAUAUUAACUGUCGUGAUUCGCAGGGGAGGAACUCUACACCACUGCAUCUUGCAGCUGGCUACAACAAUGUGGAGGUGGCAGAGUUCCUACUGGAGAAUGGUGCAGAUGUUAAUGCUCAAGACAAAGGAGGUCUAAUCCCACUACACAAUGCUUCCUCAUAUGGUCAUGUAGAUAUAGCAGCUCUCUUGAUAAAGUUCAGCACAUGUGUCAAUGCAGUGGAUAGAUGGGGGUUCACUCCGCUCCACGAAGCAUCGCAGAAAGGUCGUACCCAGCUAUGUGCAUUACUCCUAGCCCAUGGUGCUGACCCCACCCUGAAGAACCAGGAGGGACAGACCCCACUUGAUCUCACAUCUGCAGAGGAUGUAAGGGCAUUGUUAUCAGAUGCGAUGCCUCCACUCUCUGCGCUUACUAUCUCCACACAACCCAGUGCCACUUCAACACCAAAAAUCUCAUCCUCAAGCAAUCUCAUACGAUCGGGCAGCUUAGACCAUUUGGUUGGAGCGGUAGGUGGCGCUGGUAUCGGUGAUGGGUGUGCUGAGCGUACCAUGGCUGAAGGUGCUCUCAGUGGGAACCUAGAUACAGUCACAAUAGGUGCUUUCUUGAAUGGUCUCGGCCUGGAUCACUUGAAGGAAAUAUUUGAACGUGAGCAGAUCACAAUGGAUAUCCUGGCAGAGAUGGGUCAUGAUGAACUAAAGGAGAUAGGAAUUAAUGCUUAUGGACAUAGACACAAAGUCCUUAAAGGGGUGGAGAAGCUGAUCAGUGGGGGAACUACUACCCAGCUGCUGGUGAAUGCCCCUGGGGCUAGCACAUCGGGCACCAUGCUUAUUGACCUUUCGCCUGAUGACCCAGAGUACAUAUCAGUGGAAGAACAGAUUCAGUCAACUAUAAGGGAACACAAGGACAAUUGCGGAGGUGUCUUCUCACGAUACAACAUCAUAAAAAUACAAAAGAUAAGGAACAAAAAACUUUUAGAAAAAUACAGUCAUCGGAAAAAGGAGGUUGCAGAAGAAAAUCAUGGCCACGAAAAUGAAAAACUUUUAUUCCACGGAUCUCCUUUUAUCAAUGCUAUAGUUCACAAAGGCUUUGAUGAGAGACAUGCUUAUAUUGGAGGCAUGUUUGGAGCAGGUAUUUACUUCGCUGAGAAUUCUUCAAAGAGUAACCAGUAUGUGUAUGGUAUAGGUGGCGGCACUGGAUGCCCUGUCCAUAAAGAUAGAUCGUGCUACACUUGUCACAGACAACUAGUCUUAUGUAGGGUGGCGUUAGGUAAAUCUUUUCUCCAGUUCAGUGCAAUGAAGAUGGCGCAUGCUCCCCCAGGACACCACUCUGUCAUCGGGCGCCCCAGUGUGGGGGGACUCACAUUUGCGGAGUAUGUUGUAUAUAGAGGAGAACAGGCUCUACCAGAACAUUUGAUCACUUACCAGAUUGCCAGACCAGAUAUUUCAGACAUUCUCAGCUCAUAGGAUUAUCAUAUGUACCACAAACAUCCAGAUAUAAUUAUGGAAGAUUCUUAGCUU